CUGCGUGCGGUUUGUGUUUAAAAUUUAUCACGAAUUUGUAGGCUUUAAUAAUCAAUUAUAGUUUUCCUUUCGACAUUAUAAUAUCUAGCAAAUAUAGGCUAAUACGGUUUAACUGUUAAAUUAAUAUUCAUAGCAGAGUGUCAUUGCAAAAAUGUGCGAAUGGCAUCAUUUGGCCAGGCCAAAAAACGUAAAGACCCCUGUGAUAUAAGCUGGCCACAAUGGCCAUAAAAAGCUCCUUGGCAAGUGAUUCCGAGCUUUCGUCCCGUUAGUCCCGCCAUCAGCUGACCUGGAGCAACAACAACCUGUGCGGAGAAGAAAAGUUUCGCGCUAAAAAUAACCAAAGUUCAUGGUCAACGUCCUGGAACGGAGUGGGUAGACUUAAUCCCUGACAUUCGCAUCCCGAUAUGGCCCUGAUUCGCUGCUGCUUUGAGCCACCGGAACUGCCUGAGUUCUUCGACAGCUUCGUCCAGAAGUGCACGGAUCCAAGCUGCUGCUGCGGAUGCUGUUCGGCGCUCAGGCCGCGCUACAAGCGCCUGGUGGACAACAUCUUUCCUGUCAAUCCAGAGGACGGAUUGGUCAAAUCCAAUAUGGAAAAGCUGACCUUCUACUCACUGAGUUCGCCGGAUAAGCUGGACCGGAUUGGAGAGUACCUGUACCAGAAGGCCACCAAGGAUAUUAACAGAAAGCGAUACAAGCUGGCUGAGAUCGCCAUGGAGGCGAUGGACUUGCUGCUGCAGGCAUGUCAUGCCCAGACCACUCUCAAUCUUUUUGUCGAAUCCUUCCUCCGAAUGGUGCAGAAACUGCUUGAGGACUCGAACCCCAACCUUAAGAUAAUGGCCACCAAUUCGUUUGUAAAGUUCGCCAACAUCAACGAGGAUACACCGUCGUACCAUCGACGAUACGACUUUUUCAUCUCGAAAUUCUCCUCGAUGUGUCACAGCGAUGCGGCCAGUAUGCGAGACAGUCUGCGUUUGGCGGGAAUAAAGGGCUUGCAGGGCGUCAUCCGGAAAACAGUAUCUGACGAUCUGGUGGAAAACAUCUGGGAGGCGGAACACAUGGAGAAGAUUGUACCCUCACUGCUGUUUAACAUGCAGUUUUGUGUAAACGUUAUGUUCGUGAAGAAAAAUUUACUGGCGUCCGGUGAUCUAACACCCGUAGAGGAUGCCACCAAUGUAACGCCGCCGGCAUUGGCCGAGGAGGUGCUCCGGGAGCUAGUAGGUCGCGCUUCCUUCGGCCACAUUCGCAGCGUACUGAAGCCGUUGCUGACCCAUCUGGACCGACAUGAGCUGUGGGUUCCCAACACUUUUGCGAUUCACACAUUCCGCAUCGUGAUGAUCUCCAUACAGCCGCAGUAUUCGUACACCGUGGUGGAGACGCUGAUGCAGCAUCUGGACAGCAAUUUCAAGUCCUCUCCCAAGACCCGCACCUCGCUAGCCGUCGUUUUGUCGAAGAUUAUUGCUAUAGCAGCUGGUGAGAGUGUCGGCCCCUCGGCCCUAGACAUCAUCAACAAUUUGCUGACCCAUCUGCGAACUAGUGUGAGCACUACCAGCGAAAUCACACCCGAAGAGUCACAGUAUCAGGAGGCGUUGAUCAACGCGCUUGGCGAGUUUGCCAACCAUCAUCCGGACUACCAAAAGAUCGAGAUCAUGCUGUUUAUCAUGAACACGGUUCCAGAUCUAUCCAAGAAGAGCAAGGGCGAUCAGAUGCUGCAGAACAUUCUGCUUAAAUCGUUGCUAAAAGUGGGCACCCAGUAUAGCACAGUCUCCUUCGAGAAGGCCUUCCCCGCCUCCUUCCUGCAGCCGCUGCUCAAAAUGGCACGCGCUCCCCACAAUCCCACGCGCAUGGUUGUGAUGCAGAUUUUGCAAGCUCUUCUUGAUCGCCAUCAAAAUGAACAGGUGCUCAGCACGGUCAGUGUGAAGCCAUACCCGGCUCUUUCCCAGGAGCCACCAUCACGUUCGGACAUAAUUUUCACGCACAAGUACGGAGCCAAUAUUAUGCAGGCACUGAUCGAUUCGAUGGCGCUAUCGGACCGGAUUGACGCCUUGUCCUCCAGUUUUAAUACCGCCGCCUUGCUCAUCGUCGAGAUGUCUUGCAACGAGACUGUUCAGGAGUUCCUUCUGUUUAUCUUAGGAAUUCAGCAGGUGGCCAACACCGUGGACACUUUGGGAACCGUGCACAAGUGCAGCCUACAUGCUAUCUCUAUUGCCCUGCUGGUGCUAAUCUCGCGGGUGAGUGGCAUCAACAACCUGCUGGAGUAUGCUCAAAAGAUAGUAGACGCGCGGCGCGAGGAGGCCACCCAUUAUCUACCUCCUUUGCUAGAGCCCAAGAAGAUGUCAGGAAAGAACUUUAAUUUGUCGUUGCCGCAUCUUGCCAUAGACAAGUUGGCGCUGGGGGAAUGUCUGCAGAACGCCGGCAUGGAUGCCCAGCGCCUCAACACGGGAGCUCCAUACUCGCUCAACCAGACGGAUCACCCGGGCCAUCGCCACUCUUGGGUGGAAUCGGUGAGCAACCAGUUGACGCAGCGCAACAGCUCAGCUGAUCUGACCGUCUACAACGGAGAUGUAGACAGCGUUAGCAGCUCACCAGGCGUGUGCAAGAAGCUUUUGGCCCCGGAGUUCAACUUCGAUGCCAUGAAACGGGCUCUGGCCGAACCCACUGAGGCUGCCAAGCGGGAGCAGCGCGAACGGCAGAUGCAGAUCGUUCGCACCUUCCGUGAGGGCGAGUUCGAUGAUCUGAUGAGACGCACAGAACCCAAGCACGAUCUCAUCCAGAACCGUCUGAACGAGCUAUUUAACUCGCUGGCCGUGGAGCGUCAAAUCACGCAGAGUGACACCAAAGCCGCUCAAUUACAAGCUAGCAACGAGAAGCCGAUCUACGAGACGAACUUCCCCGAACUUUUUUAUUACUAAACCGUAUUCCUUGACCCGGAGACCUUUUCUGGCGAAUAUUCUCCGCUAAUUCACACAUACCUAAACCCCUAAAAGCGAAUUUGUUUGGUGUCUGUAUGGAACUAGUUAAAUCUAAUUAAAUUUUCGGUUGUUAAAUGCAAACAAUUCAAUUGUUAAUCCACCUUGGAUAUGUACUUUGAAUUAAUUGUUAUACAAAUAUAUAUGUAUACAAGUA